AUGGAUACUCUUCCCCUGGAUGUUGAGAUUGUUCAAUCUGGGCCUUGCCUUAAUGAAACUUCCCAUGGAUUCCACUUGGCUCCUAUGACUAAUGAAGACAUUAAGAUGGCCUUAUUCAGUAUUGGUGAUGAUAAAGCCCCUAGGCCUAAUGGAUAUUCUUCUGCUUUCUUCAAGCAGUCUUGGGAGGUGGUUGGGGAUGAUUUCUGUCUGGCCAUUCAUGAUUUCUUUACUUCUGGGGAGAUCUUAAGGCAGAUUAAUCACUCUAUCAUUGCUCUGGUGCCCAAGUCAAAAAAUGUUACCAAAGUGUCUGAGUUCAGACCUAUUUCUUGUUGCAAUGUAACCUACAAAUUUGUCUAUUGCUCUUCAAGGAAUCAUCAGUCCUGCUCAGAAUGCUUUCCUGGGAGGAAAGCUUUUGAUUCUGUUCAAUGGCCUUUCCUAAGGCAAUUGCUUCUGACCCUUGGUUUCCCUGAUCGGUUUGUGAAUUUAAUCAUGAAAUGUGUUGAAACCACUUCCUUCUCAGUGGUUGUUAAUGGGGACUUGUAUGGCUUCUUCCAGGGCAAGAGUGGGGUUAGGCAGGGUGAUCCCCUAUCUCCUUAUUUGUUUAUCACUUGCAUGGAAUACGUCUCUAGAAUGUUGGAUGUUGCCUCUGGAAUGCCUGGGUCUCAAUUUCAUCCAAAGUGUAAAGUCCAUAGAAUUUGUCUUCUUGCUUUUGCUGAUGAUAUCCUUCUUUUUUCUCGUGGAGACAGACCUUCUGUGCAUAUGCUCCACCAGCAGUUAAUGAGUUUUGGAAGGAUCUCUGGUCUUGAAAUAAAUGCUAGUAAAUCCUCCAUUUAUUUUGGAGGAGUUGGUACUUCUUCUAAGCAAAUUAUUUUGCAGGCCACUGGGUUUAAAAAAGGUUCCUUUCCUUUCAAGUAUCUUUGUGUCCCUCUUAGUCCCCACAGAUUAUUGGCUAGUCAAUUCUAUCCUCUUCUGCAUAAGUUGGAUUCUGCUAUUCAGAGUUGGAUUGGGAAGCAUCUGUCUUAUGCUGGUAGACUUGAGUUACUUAAAUCUGUCUUGCAAGAAAUUGUGUGCAAUUUUGGCUCAGCAUUUUCCCUAUACCAGUGCAAGUCAUCAGUCAGAUUACCAGCCAGGAACACUAGUUUUUUGGCCAAGCAACUCUGGAACAUUCACCAAAAAACUGAUACUCUAUGGAUUCAGUGGGUUCAUCACUUCUACUUGUCUUAUUACUCCAUUUGGGAUGCUGGCCUGCUGGGAACUUCAUCCCCUUUGUGGAAGGCUAUCAUUUCACUUAAGGACCAACUGCUGCAAGAGUCUGGGAGUCAUUUCCAGGCUAUUACUAGACUACAAAGUUGGCAGCAGGGUUCCAAAACUUUUUAUGCUAAUGCCUAUGAGUUCUUUAGGGAAAAAGGUACUAUUGUCCCUUGGGAGAGGGUUGUCUGGGAGCAUUGGUUCCUGCCUAGAUACAGCUUUUUCUUAAGGUUGGCAGUUAAGGGCAAGCUUAGAACUAAGGACAGACUAUGGUUUACCCCUACUGACACUUAUUGUACUUUUUAUAGGCAUGGAGAGGAGUCUCAUAGACAUCUUUUCUUUGCUUGUAAUUGGACUUCUAAUUUGUGGGGAAAGAUUAAGAGCUGGUUGAGAAGAAACAGGCACAUGGGAGUUGGGUCAUGUCCUACUGAUUUCUUUGUGGCUUUAGGAAUGUUGGUGAUAAUAGAGAUUUUCCCUUCCGAGCUGGUCUGCUUGUUCCUAGUUUGGGUUCUUGUUUCCCUGCCUAUUGUUGGGCAUGCCUUAUUACUCUCUGAUUCAAGUAAUUGCUGGUGGAGAUUGGCCCCCUUGGCUGAUAUUUAUUUGGUUUCUCUUUGGCUUAACUGGUUGCUGACUAUGCUCCUGAUCUCUCUAUGGGUUUUGAAGUUUAAUCUGGCUUCUGAUCUAUGUUGGUUCUGGUGGGGCUUCUGGGGGUUUUGGUUGCUAGAUGGUUGGUGGUGUUGCUUGUGGAGUGAAGCUUUCGUGGUCUCCUUUCUGUGUUUCCCAAUGGAGCUGUUGUUUGCCAAGUUUACUAUCCUAGAGUUGUUGUUGGCUGGGCUUAGGAGAUUAUCACAGAUUCCAGAUUUCUUCUCUGGUGUCUUAGAUAACCUCAGUUUGUUUGCUUUGCUAGUGUUUAUUGUCAUGCUUAGCUAG